GAUGACAAUGCAUCAGCGCACACACAAACAGGUAAAGAAUAUCUGGUGGAACAAACAAAAAUUCAUAUGCUACAAAUGUUUGCCAUAGCCAGCUCAGUCAGUUGAGAGAGCUCGUACGCUAAAGACGCCUUUACGUUUGUUAGAACGCCGCUAACAAGCCAUAAAAUUAUCACAACAAACAUAAUAAAGUGAAGAUUUCCUUUUGAAGAAAAAAAGACAAAUAAACAAAAGGUAUUGCAAAAAAAUUCAACAAAAACAAGGUGAAGAGCUCGAAAAAAAAUUUAAAACAAAAAAAAGAAAAUAUUUUUAUAUGACCAGCAAGCGAAGGAAAGAAGAAAAAUAAAAUAAAAAUCAUCAUUAAUAACUUAUUGUGAUAUUUAAAGAAAACAAGGAAAAGUCAAAAUCCAAAAAUUAUAACAAAAACAAAAAACCCAACAAGAGAAAAACCCACAAAACAAGACCUUAAAAAGUGUCUAAAAUUUCAGAAAAUAAAAAGUCCGAGAGCAAAGAAAAAAAAAAACAAAAGUGUUAAACUCAAGUAAAACAUAAACGAAGUGCAAAGUUUUGAGAGAAAAAAAGAAAGCACUCAGAGAGAGAGAGAGAGAGAAAAACACUCAAGAGAGUUCUCCUUAAAAAAAACUCACAAUUUCUACUAAUUGAGUAUUGUGUGCAAGUGAGAGAGUUUUCUUACCCCUCAUAGAGAGAGAGAGAGAGAGAUAACCUUAUGCUUCUCAAUGCGUCUGGCGUCCAAGUGAGAAGUUUUCUCUCUGCACGUAAUCAUAACGCAAUUUUAUGUUAAACGAUUACAACGUAACGCAUACGAGAGGCACCAACCAACAUUGACAACAUCUCUAAGACCACACUGCUGCUCCAUAACGUCUAAGCUGCUCGUGGUAAACGGACGGACAAUAAUUAACGUAACUUGUAAAGAACGGAGAAACAAAAAAUAAUACCAAAAAAUAAGAAAAAACCCACGCCCGUCAAGAACCUUAAGAAGUUUAAAAAAAAGAAGCCAAAAAUUAAGAAAAAAAAAACAAAAUUGCCGUCGCGUCUAAGUAGAAUACAGAAAAAACAGCAGCUUUCUUUUUGUAAAUUUGAAAAAAAAAAAUAAAACAACACACAUACACACAUAAAUUCUUAAGACUGAAAACACAACAAAUAAAAAUUAAAGAGAAAAAAAUAUAACUACAAAAAAAAAAUCCCCUAAAAUUUUUUAUAACUAAAACAACAACCAUAAUAUAAAGACUGAUUAAAACUAUAUUAAAACAACAACAACAACAGAUAUAAAAAAUUAUUAAAAAAAGCUAAUUUAAAAAUACGGGUCUUUAAAAAGCAAAGAAAGAAAAAAACCAAGAGAAGAGAAGAAUUAGAGAAAAAAAAUAAUAAAACAAAAUUUACCACUAAAAAUACCUGCUAAACGAAACUUAAAACAAAAAAAUUAUAAUAAUAACAAGUUACAUAUUUUACACACACUUUAAUGGAUUAACGUUCCUGCUACUACAACAACAAAUUUAAAGAAAAAAAUAAUAAUAAAAGCCUAAUAAUCAACCAUAGCUAAAACAAAUCUCAUAUAUAUAUAAUAGCCCUGUGGAUUACCUAUAUUAUAUAUAUUGAAUUUGUUCCAACAACAACAACAACAACAACAACAAUAUCAUCUCUACAACAGCCACCACUAUAACCACUACAACAAAACAAAAGCUUGGAUUACCAGUGCCAAUUUGUUAAGAGAAAACAAAAGAAGAAAUUUAAAAGCAAGAAUAAAAAUAUAUAAGAAAAUAUACAGAAUUUGAAAAAAUAUUACGGAAAAAAAAAUAUUUCUUAGAAACCAAAAUCCAAAAUGUGUUAGAAAUGUGUAAAAAGUGUGAGUGUUAAAUUUCCCAUAAGCACCUCAGCCAAAAAUCAUCCCCACCCCCCCCUCUCCAUAUCCAUAAUACUGCUUGGCAGUAGCAUCACCACUUCAGCAAGUGGGCUAUUGCUACUAGGCUUUGCCCUUGGGUCAAAGGCUAGAUUUUUUGCUUUGGGACUAGCGAGCUUCGUACUCAACGCAACAGCACCAUGACUAUGGCCGCUUCUUAUGCCAACUAUGAUAUGGCCUCGCACACCCUGGCCUCUCAUAGCUUGGCCCAAACACAGACCGCCGCUUUGAUGCAUCACCAUCAGCAUCAUAGCCAUCAGCAGCAUAGUCAUCAGCAACAACUCUAUCAGCAACAGCAGCAGCAGCAACAAAGCUCUUCAACACAUCAUAGUCACAGUCAUUAUUCACACAACUCCUCCCGCAUGUCCUCAAUGGCGGCCGCAGCAGCUGCAGCCGCAGCGGCGGCGGCAGCUGUAACGGCCAAUAUGAAUUCGAAUGCUGUUGCCAAUACUGCCUCCGCUUCAGCGUUAGCCACAGGCGCUGCUGCCAGCCAACAACAGCAACAGCAACAACGUAACCAAAAUGCCUCCAACACCUCCUCAGCAUCAUUGGUAGCCGCCACCGCCGGCUCAUCCUCAACUUCAGUAUCAGCCUCUACACCCGCCUCACAAUCUCUUAGUGCGCCCUCCACAGCGUCCACGGCCAAAGACUAUACAAUACCCCUGCAUGUGGAUUGCAGUGUGGAAUACGAGCUGCCCAAUCAGCCCAAGCCACCGGCGGGCCAAAGGGUGGAGCCCCUGCUAAUGAUACACCCAUGCUAUUUUCGCAAAAUGGAAUCGCAAAGGCGAAGUCCCUUUGUCAAUAAUAUGCCCACAGCAGCGGCGGCUCGCAACACGGCAGCGGUUGCUGCAGUGCUGACGCAUUCAAGUUCGCAAAAUGUCUCGGGGCACAAUGGAGCAUCAACGGCGGCGACGGCUUCAUCAUCCACAUCAACAUCCUCGCGCAGGGCCAGACAAACUCAGGUUAUACAACAACAACAGCAGCAGCAGCAGCAGCAACACCACCAACAGCACCAACAACAGCAGCAGCAUCAACAACAACAACAGCAACGCCAGGCAGUGCAGGCUGCCCAACAAUAUCAGCAACACUUGCAGCAACAACAACUCAGGCAUUCACAACAAUCUCAGCAACAACAGCAAAUGUCACAAAUGUCGCAACAGGCCCACUAUCCAGUGGUGGUAAGCCAUCAGCAACAGCAGCAACAACAUCAGCAUCAACAACAACAACAACACCAGCACCAACAGCCCCAGCAUCACCAUCAGACCUCCUCCGCCGUCGGCAAUAGCGCGGCCAGCAAUGCCUCCUACAUGCGUUCCUCCCAAAGAUCCACGCAACAGCAAAGAAGCCAAAGCCAAAGUCACCUCUUAGUACAACAGCAGCAGCAACAACAGCAACAACAAACGGCUGCUGCUGCCGCCGCUGCCAAUCAAAGCCAAUGGGAUCAUUUGGCUGCAGCCGCUGCCAUAGCUGCCCGCAGCUCCAUGACCCCAGCCCACCACAUGGCCUAUGGCCAACAAGCCUCCGCCAAGACCAUGAAUUCAUCGGUGGCUGCUGCAGCCGCCGCUGCCGCCGCAGCCAAUGUGGGCAAAAGGGAUGCCAUGAUCUCGGGCAGUGGCAUCUAUGGCUCCUCCAGCGGCAAGCAGCAGCAGGCUCUCAAUAUUGCCUCCCUGUGGAAUGCCUCGGAUAGGGCCUCGGUGGCGGCCACGGCCGCCUCCACCGCCUCGGCCAAUGUGAAUGGCAUGAAUAAUCUUAUGAUGGAUCGAAGUCCAAUGGCCACAGUUCCUAGUAAUUAUCAGGCUGGUCCUGAGGCUACGCCUCACAACAAUAACCAAAGUUCAGCGAAUGCCCGACAUUAUGCCUCCACCAUAGUGCCCAAUUCCCAGCAAAGCCAUACGGCAGCAGCAGCAGCGGCGGCUGCAGCUGCCGCAGCCGCUGCGGCCAUAACCAGCCAUCAUCAGCAGCAGCAGCAGCAGCAACAACAGCAACACCUCAGCAACCAGCAGCAACAGCAACACUGUUCCGAGAAGAUAAGUGGCAAAUAUCGACAAUAUCUGCGAUCUCAGCGUAUGCAUCCCUAUCUGGCGGCAAGUUCAAGUGCCGCUGCGGUGGCAGCAGCGGCCAAUUUGCAGCAAUCCUUUCCCCAGUUCACCGCAGCCACGGCAGCAGCCGCCGCUGUGGCAGCCACACCAUCAUUCCAGCAUUUGCAACAAAUCUCCUGUUAUAAUGUGUGAUAAAACCCCAGCCAGGGCAUGAAAUCCUUGAAUGCAAGCGUAUAUGAUACCACCCAGCAGUAGUUGGAGACGUCUUAACGCCCUUGCACACACACACACACACACACACAGACAGACACAACUCCUACAGGCAGGCCGUGUUGUUCUUUCGUCAUCACAAAAAACAUUCUUCAAGGCAAUGCAGUGCAGUGACAUACAAAAAGCAAAGAAUCCAAAGAAACCUUAAAGAGUUUUUUUUUAAUUUUUCCCCCGCCCCACCUUCCCCCCCUGCGAAGGACAAAGCGAAAAACGGAAAAAUUAUUUUGUAAAAAAAGGCAGCAGCAAAAGUGAUAUGAGAGAGAGAGAGAGAGAGAGAGUAAUAUGAAAGGCAAAAAGAAGUAUGCGAGGAAAAUCAAGGUGGCUUUAAGAAGGCGCUGCUGGGCAUAGGGUGUCUAGGAAAAGUGAUUUAGAAGGCUGUACAUAUUAAUAUAUCUAUAUAUAAAUAUCUAUAAUGUAUAAGGAUAAAAAGCUUUACUUAGUAAAAACAAAAACUCUCCCAAAAAAAAAAAAAACUACAAAAUAUCCAAAACUUGAAUAUUUAAAAAAAAGACUCAACUUUUCCUAGCAACACCCUAAAGCCAAAAGCCGACGGUAAACACCAACUGCCAUAAGGUGCAGCCAGGACGAAGCCUUAAGGGCCGAAAAGGAAAGGAAAGGAGAGGAGAACAAGGAUUUGCAUAUGUUGUUGCUGGGCAAGCCAAUGCGAGUGGCGUCGCGUCAAAUGUUUUCUUUUGUGAUUUUGAUUUGUUGCAGCAGUUGUUCAUCAUCCGCAACUAUCUACAAGUAAGCCUGAGCAAAAUAUCAUCAUAACCCCCCACCCCAAGUCAUGUCAAACCAACAGCAGCCAAAUUGGUAAAAACUAGAAGAAGAAAAAAAAAACAAGUAAACAAAUGAACUCCCCACGAUUUCAAAUGGCAUUAUUGUGAUUUUUGUACAAAACGAAAAAAAAAAAUAAUUUUUAAAAUUUAUGUUUACCCUUACCCCCUUACACUAAAACCCCCCUAAGACCUUUAUGAAAAUUCUCUUGUAAAUCUCCAUAGGCUCUUUGAAAUGUUCAUUUUUUAAAGAAAUUCUGUUAAUGUUUAAUUUUUUUUUUUUAAAUUAAAGAAACAAAUUUCUAGAAGACAAAAUUAUAUAGUGAUUGUUAUGCCUAGUUUUUUAAUAUUAAAAUAAAUUAUCCAACAAGAAAAAUUAUAAGAAAAUAUGCAAAGAAUUUUUUUUAAAAACUUGUUUCCCGAAACAAAAAAAUAUUCACAACAAUAGGCCCUUAUUAAUGAGGAAAAAAAGUGAAGAGAUUUAAGACGAAGAAGAAAAAAUGAAGAGUGAAAUUAAAAACUGUGAAGAGAACCACAGCGCAAGCCUCACAAACUAAAUCGCAGCUAGUCCAAAAAUUUUUAUGAGAUUAAGGAAUUUUGUGCAAAACUGUGACCAAAUUUGGAGUAAAAAAUGCGAAAUGAUUUUUAUACGCUGUUUUUCCUGCAACAGUUUUUGACAUUUUCAAAACAUAGACCUAAAGGCAAAACGUUUCAUGGAGCCUAGGCACUGGGUUUCCAAAAAUACACUGUGGCCCCAAAAUCAUAUUCAGGAAAAUGUCCCCAAAAUUGGGGGCUGAACAAGUAUGCAAUAAAAUGUGUCCUCAAUAAGGAUAUUCAUUCAAUGGAUAUAAGCUUUGUUUCUCAAAUUUAUAAAAAAAAAAAAUUUUGCUACAUCAAGUCAAGCUUUUCUUCAAAAAUGACCCCAAAUUUGGAUUACAAAUGCAAAAUGUCCCCAAAAUUGUUAUUUUUUCGUACUUAGUUUCCAACACCUUGAAAAGAGACCAAAAAAUUCAAAUAUUCAACCCUUAGGCACAGGCUUUGUGAAAAAUCUGAACAAAAAAUGUGACCUCAAAUUUAUUUUCAAAAAAAAUUUCCCCAAAAUUGGGACCAAAUUGCAUAAAUUGAGUUGGCCCCUUGGUUUUUUGCCCGAAAAUAAGGGAAAAUAAACUAAUAUCAAAUCAUUCAAUUUUUCAAGUUGAAAAAAAAAUUUUGCCAAAAUUAUUGAUAAAAAGUGAGCCCAAAUUUGAAACAAACUGGAAAAUGACCCCAAAAUUCGGUUAUUUGGUCAUUGUGUUGCUAACACCAUGAAACAUAGACUUACGGACAAAAAAGUUUAUGUAUGUUUUUAGGCCCCAUAGAGGAAGAUUCAUCAAAAAAAAACAAAAAUCACACGAAAUAUGGCCCAAAUUUGCAUGCAGAAAUAAACCCCAAAAAGAGGGCCCAAAUUUUAAUAAAACUGGAAAAUGACCCCAAAAUUCGGUUUUUUAGUAAUUUUGUCACUAACGCCAUGAAAUACAGAAUUAAGGGCCAACAAGUUCAAAUGUGAUUUUAUGCACCGUAGAGAAACUUCAUCAUAAAAACAUAGAAAACGUGAAACAAAAGCGCCCACGAUAUAUGACCCAAAUUUUUGUUCAGAAAAAGUCCCAAAAUUAGGACAAAAUUGCAUUAAAAAUUUGUCCUCAAGUUUUUUGCCUGAAAUUAAGGGAAAAUAAUCUUACAUGAAAUCAUUUUAGCUUUUUAGCUGAAAUAUAAUUUUAGCCAUCAUUUUUGGUAAAAAGGUAGACCCAAAUUUGGGUAAAACUAAAAAAGAUCUCCAAAGUUCACUUUUUAUAUAAUUCUGUUUUUAACGCCCUAAAACAUAGCCUAUCAGGCCAAAAAGUUGCAUAAAACAUUUUGGUUAAAAAAGUAGCCCAAAAUUUGGGUAAACUUACGAUAUGUCCCCAAAGCUAGCUGUUUUUUGUAAUUCUUAAGGCCCAAAAAGUUUGAACACGUUUCUUUAGAAGAGGAUUCACCAUAAAAAAGUCCACGAAAUGUGGCAUAAGUGUAUGUUCGGUCAAAACUGCAAACAAUUUUUUUCUUUUUGCCGAAAUUAAAUUAAAAGAAACUAAUGUCAAAACAUUGAACAUUUUCACUGAAAUAGAAUUUUAGACCAAAAAAGGCCCCAAACUUUGGGUGAAAAUGUGAAAUGUCCCUAAAAUACGCUGUUUUUUCGUAAUUCUAUUUCUGAAAUUUUAAAUAUAAAACUAAGAGCCAAAAAGUUGUUAAUAUAUUUUUGAGUUUUGAGGGCCAGGCGCUAAGAACAAUGUGAAGAGGAAGUACAACUCCAAUAUAACAGGAAAUUGAACCCCAAAUGUAACCCCAAAUUCAUAUUCAGAAAAAUGUCCUCAAAAAUUUCGGGGCAAAAUUGGAUGAAACAUUGUGUCCUCUAGUUUUUGCCGCAAAUUUAAGGAAGAAUAAUUUAAAAUGAAAUCGUUCAAGCCUUUUAACCGAAAAAAGCUCAAAACAAAAUUUGUUUGUGGCCCCAAAUCGGAGCUAAAAAUUUCAAAUGUCCUCAAAAUUCGCUGUUCUUUGGAAAACCAAUUUUUAUUACCUUGCAACAUAGCCCUAAGGCCAAAAAUGCUAAAUAUGUUUUUAAACACAUAAGAGAAGGCUUCGCCGAAAGUACCCACGAGAUAUGACCCCAAGUUUAUAUUUAGAAAAUGUCCCCAAAGUUGUUGCAAAAUUGCAUGACAAAUUUUGUCCCAACCAUGGAUUAAUAAUUUUUGCCCCAAAAGGAAUCAAGUCAUUCAACAUUUUCAUUAAAAUUAAAUUUGACCCCAAUUUUUUGCAAAAAAAAAAAUCACCCCAAGUUUGGUUUGGGGCCACGAAUUAACCCCAAAAUUCAGUUUUUGCGUAUUUCUUUUCUAAAACCAAAAAAAAAGUUUUUAUGUAUGUUCUUGAGCCCCUUGGCACACAUUUUGCACAACAUGUGCCCCAGAAAAAUGGGUAAAAUUUCUUAUUCAGAGAAACUGCAUAACGCAUAUUAACUCCAAACAUGGAUCCAACGAUUUUACCCAUUCUAAUUUCAAAUUAUUUCCAUUACAAUAAAAAUAUAGCCCAAUUUUUCUUCAGAGGUGGCUCAAAACUUAUUUGGUUCUGAACACGGAUUGACCACUUUAGCCCAAAUUACUUCCGAAUUAGCCCAAAAUCAAAUUAUUCAAAAUUUUCAUUGAAAUGUCACUUCAGUUAAAUUCUUUGUAUGGAACAAUAUCUCCAUGGGGUUUUUUUUUGCAUAAAAAACGGGGCUACCUUUUUAGCUUCAUUAUGGGUACAUUUUUGUGCAUAGAGGGAAGGGGGUAUUUACUCCCCAAAGUUUGGAUUGAAUUUGCACAUUCCUACAAAUCUAGAAUGAUCUUAAGCUUUUAAAGUGCAAGAAAGCCUCGAAGCACUUUUAAACUUUUUAUGUAAAUAAGGCCCACUUUUUAUGCAAAAAAGACUCCACAGUUGAUUCCGGAAUAGGCCGAAACCCCAUAUUUUCAUUAAAAUUUGAUUAAGCUCAAAUUUGCUUGUGCAAAAGGGACACAAAUUUGGGGAAAAUGCGCAAAAAGCUUUGACCCCUAACAGUCAGCAAGUUUUUGUGCUCGAAAUAAAAUUCUAGCCCAAUUUAUGGUGAGCAAAUAUGUUUAACCCCUUUUGGGGCUUUUUUACACUUUUAAUGUUUUGGGCUAUUGUACCCCAAAUUGACCCCCAAUAUUUUGGCUUUCGUUUUUUUGACAAGAUGUAUGGUCAAUGGAGGCACCACAGUGCAGAGGUUAGCAUGUCCGCCUAUGACGCCUGGGUUUAAAUCCUAGCGAGAACAUCAUGAAAAUUUUCAGCGGUGGUUGUCCCCUCUUAAUGCCUGAGACUUUUGGGAGGUGCUGUACCAUUUGGUGUGGCAGCCAUGUAAAAACUUCUCGACAAAGAGGUGUCGCACUGCGGAACGCCGUUCCGACUCGACUCUGCUCUAAAAAGGAGGCCCCUUAUCAUUGAGCUUAAAUUUGAAUCGGACAGCACACAUUGAUAUUUGAGAAGUUUGUCUCUGUUCCUUAUUGGAGUGUUCAUGGACAAAUUUUGUAUUUGCAUGGUCUAAUUUUGAGGUGAUUGUUUUUCCAUUUUUUUUGUUUCUCUUUCGGGACGAGCUUAAUGAUCGGAGAUGCAAAUGGAAAAGGAAAGCCAAAGAUAGCAACACACUCUAACCACUAUGGAACGCGUUUCGUCUUUGAUAAGAAGACAUACAUAUUGUAUUUGGCUCGUAUUAAACGCAUUCAUGAUACAAUUACCACAUUAACCAAGCUCGACAACCCUGUUUAUUAGCUGUACUUUUCCCAAUGCAUGUAUUUGUUGUGUAAUGACAGACAUUCUGUCUGUGACAAAUUACACUUCUUCCGUACUACACUUGAUUUUGUUCAUCUGUUGGAAGUUGUAUUGAUGGCCUCGAAAGCCAAGACUGCGGCAAUGGCUCUCGCUGUUGCUUCGUGUGCCCAGGUUCGAAUCCUGGCCGGGCUCCGCUGAAUUUUAAAUUUUUCACAUUUUUUUGCCUGUUAGGGCGAGAUCAUCAAAUUUUACAAUUUUUUUAUUUUUCAAAAAGCUAUUUUUUAUUUUUUUAAUAAUUUUUUUUUAUAAAAAACUAUUUUUGUUUUUAAUAAAGUUUCAAUAAAGCUAAAUUUUUUUGAGAAAUAGUAAGGAUUAGUUUGGACUAAUAGCUUUUUUUAACUUAUUUAUUAACGCUAUUGACUUUUUUGAAUUUUUUUUUAAACAUAAUUUUGAAUUUUUUUUAUAAAUUUUUAUUAUAUCCUAAAAAAUAUAUUUAUUUACUUUCCGUGAAACCAGUAACAGAUUUUGCAGAAUUAAGUAAUUUCUCAAAAUUUUUUAAUUUUUAUUUAUUUUAUUUUUUUUUUUAUUUUUUUUUAUUUUUUCCGCAGAGGGUGUUAAUUUACACAAAGAAGGGCCAUUUUUGCAAUAGUUUUGUAAAAUUUAAAUUAUUAUUAUUAUUUUUUGUUUUUUUUUUUAAUUAUUAAAAUAUUUUUAUACACAAACAAAGUUUUGUUUUUCAAGAUUAUUUGGACGUAGAAAAAAAUUUUUAAAAUUUGUAUGGUAAAUCUCUUUACAAAUUGAAAAUCUCUUCAUAGAUAGCAAUCUCUUCACAUUUUUCAUCCAUUAACAAGUUGAAAAUUAAAACUUUUAUAUAUUUGUCCUAUCCUCCCUCAAAGCUCACUAACUCAGACACAUAAUGCUGUUGGAAAACGUCAAAAAGUAAUGCUUAAAUAUUAAAUUAACAAAAAAAUCAAAAAAACUAUAAAUAUUACAAACAAAAAAAAACACAAAUAAGAAAAAAAUAAAAAAAAUAAAAUAUAAAGGAAAUGCAAGGAAAUAUUUAAGAAAAACAUAAUAUUUGUAAAUCUAAUUAGUUUACAUACAAAAUAUUUAAUAAUAUGACCUAUGACAAAGAAAAUCCUAAAAAUUAUAAAAAAAAAAUAUUUAAGCAUUAAAAAAUAAACACCUCAAGCAUUAGACAAAAAAAAAACAAUAGAAAAGGGGCUACAAAAUUAAUGAAAAAAAAACAUUAAAUAAAAAGGAAAUGAAAAAAAAACGCCCCAAAGGACAUAGACAACAAGCAGGAUGCCACAACAAACAACAACAACAAUUAUGCAAAAAAUAAAAAUAAAAUAGAAAACAAAAACCAUUAUCUAUAUAUACAUAUAUUAAAGAAAAAAUUAAAAAUAGUAAUGGCAUAUAAAAAAAAUUAUAAAUUAUGAAAAAAAAAACAUGAAGAGAAAACAAGAAAAGAAAAACGUAAAACAAAACGUAUGGUAGUGAUAUUUGUUAUAAAAUAAUUCAUUUUUUAGUAAUUAAUUUAAAUUAAAAACAAAACCCCCAACUAUAUAUAUUAUAUAUGAAUAAUAAUAAUAAUAAUAAUAGUAAUAAUAAUAAUAAACAAAUAAUAUUAUAAAUAAUAACAACAACUAUAAGUCUAAUAACAAACACAAGAAAAAAUAUGAUAUAUAUUUAAAACAAAUACAACCUUUCCAUAUCCUUUACACAAAAAUAGAAACUUCCUUCUCCAAUAGUCCUAUCCCCAAAACUUCUAACCAAACACAACCAUAACCAUCUAGAAACUCAAAAAAUCCCAGAAAAAGACACCUACUCUCCUCCUCCCAGUAAAGCUAAAACAAAUUUAACCAUUCUGUUAGGACAUUUCCCAUCAGUAAUCACUAUAUCUAAAAAAUAUAAAAUCCAACAAAAAAUAUAUACAAAAAUUGUAAAAUACCCCCUCCCCCUUUCCCCCGCCCCUGACCACUCAUACCCUACCAAUCCAUCUUUGGCAUCCCCUUCGAAAAUCUAUACACAUCUCUAAAUUAUAAACCACAAAGAAAAUAUUGAAGAAAAAAAAUAAAAAUAACCCCCCCCCCCCCCCCCCCAAAAAAAAAAUACAAUAUGAGGAAAAUGAUGGAGAAGAUGAAGAAAUAAGUGAUGAAAAAAAACGUAAGAAAUUGAAAAAAAAGAGAAAGGAAUAAAAUAUGAAUGAUUGAAGAGAGUAAAUAAAAUGCAAAAAAUUAUGUUACAUUUGUCAUGGUCGAGUGUGUGGGGGCAAGUCUAAGAAACUUCCCUGCCGCUUCCUCUAUGGGCAAAACAAACAAAAAUGUUACCAAAAAUUAAA